AUGACACCAAGAAAGAAGCCAAAAACUAACAAGGUGUUAAAACGGAAGUUGAAUGAUGAUUCUCCAAGUUCUAGAAUCAUUGAUGUCAUACCAUCUUCUUUUCCACCAAUUCUGAUGGACAACACGAGGAUUAAUAAGAAAUCACGCCAGCUUCCUUUUAUGCUCUCGGUUGAAGAUACAGAGCUCUCAGAAAAUAUUUCCAGGAUUGUAACUCCUAGGGACCCUUACACAACACACAUGGAAGGUCAAACCUCAAGGCAAAAUCCUCCAAGUAAUGGCCCGAAGAGGCAAUCUGGCUUCGCCAACAAAGAGCAAAACUGGAUCCUCGCUCUCUAA